UCAAAUACAGCCAAUGGCCGCCGUACUGUUUGUUGUGAUGCGUGUGACUCCUUGCAACAGCAACUAACCGCGCACGUGUAGCAGGAGUCAUCGAAACUUAACAAUGUCAGCGCUGUUAAGAAACUUGCGGCUUGUGUGGCGGCCGCCGGCGAGAAUGACUGCGCAGAGGACCCUCUGCUCCAUACCUUCGAAGCUCCUAGGCGAGUACGACAUGACCAUGACCGUUGAAGCGAAUGAUUUGAGAGCCCUGUACCUGGAUGCCCAGGCAACGACACCGCUCGACCCGCGCGUUCUGGACGCUAUGUUGCCGUACUUCAUCAAUAACUACGGCAACCCACACUCGCGAACACACGCGUACGGCUGGGAGAGUGAGGCGGCCGUCGAAAAGGCGAGGAGCCAAGUCGCCACUCUCAUUGGCGCGCAGCCCAAAGAGAUCAUAUUUACCAGCGGCGCCACUGAAUCCAAUAACAUCAGUAUAAAGGGCGUUAGUCGGUUCUACGCCGAGAAAAAAAAGCACAUCGUUACGACGCAGACGGAGCACAAGUGCGUCCUCGACUCGUGCCGCGCCAUGGAGGCCGAGGGCUUCGACGUCACCUACCUGCCGGUGAACCGCAACGGCCUCAUAGACGUGAAGCAGCUCGAAGACGCCAUCCGACCGGACACGGCACUCGUUUCGGUGAUGAUGGUGAACAAUGAGAUUGGUGUGACGCAGCCGAUCGCCGAGAUCGGCGCUGUCUGCCGCAAGCACAAGGUCUUCUUCCACACGGACGCCGCGCAGGCCGUGGGCAAGAUUCGCGUCGACGUGAACGACAUGAUGGUUGACCUCAUGUCCAUCAGCGGCCACAAGAUAUACGGCCCGAAAGGCGUCGGCGCCCUCUACCUCCGCCGCAGGCCUCGCGUGCGCGUAGAGGCACUGCAGAGCGGCGGCGGCCAGGAACGAGGCAUUCGCAGCGGCACUGUGCCGACGCCGCUUGCCGUCGGCCUGGGAGCCGCGUGCGAGGUCGCCUUCCGCGAGAUGGAGUACGACCACCGGCACGUGAGCCGGCUCUCCGACCUGCUGAUCGCGCUCGUCACGAGCGAACUGACGCACGUCGUGCGCAACGGCGACCCGCAGCGCUCGUACCCGGGCUGCGUUAACCUCUCGUUCGCCUGCGUCGAAGGCGAGAGCCUGCUCAUGGCCAUGAAGGACGUGGCGCUGUCGUCCGGCUCGGCCUGCACGUCGGCGUCGUUGGAACCGUCAUACGUGCUGCGAGCCAUCGGCGCGGACGAAGACCUGGCCCACUCGUCGAUCCGCUUCGGACUGGGCCGCUUCACGUCCGAGGAAGAGGUGGUCUACACGGCGCGCAAGUGCGUCCAGGAGGUCAAGAAGCUCCGCGAGAUGAGCCCGCUCUGGGAGAUGGUCCAGGAAGGCGUCGACCUCAAGUCGAUCCAAUGGACACAGCACUGAGGCUGCUAUGGUUGUUUAAAGCGAGGUGAAAGCUUUGGAAAGAGCGAAAUUCAGUGGACACGGUUGGAGGACGUAGAAAUGUGCUAUGAUUACACGUGACAUCACUGACUUAUUGCCUUAUGCCCUUAAAUUAGGCCUGUGUCAAUGGCAGUAUUCACGCACUUUACGAUGUGGUCCCGAACUUCAUUUUGCUGCACGUUCUACUUACUUAAGCAGCCAUGGUGACUUUGUUCGGGAUCUCUGUUAAGUAGUGUUUGCUGCCGUGUAGGUCUGUAAUGCUGCAUUGCAGUGUCAUGAAUUACAUGCGCACUGACCUGACUGCGAGAGAGUAGUACAUGCAGAGCAGGGAGUGUUGUAGGAACAGUGCGCUGCACUAGGGAAUAAAAUGUGUAAUGCUAUUCCCAUGUCAAAUGUUUUCUUAAAUCUGAGGGUGGGCAAAAACAAAACAUUGUUACACGCUUCGAAGCCACUCAUGUUGUCUACCUAAUUCCAGAGAACUACUUUGACCAUCACGUUGGGAAACACUGAAGUAGUCAAAGUAGCAGAAUAUCAUCCCAUACAUAUUUCAGCUAAAAAACUUCGUCUAAAAUCAUGUCUUUAUUUAAUACAUAGAAAGUGCACUUAGGUGAAUAAGAAUCUACGUAGAAAUGUAAACCUUUUGUCACCAGAACUAGAAGUGAUCUCUGCCCAUAAGUGCUGGUUUCAAACCACUUAACGUACUGAAAAGGAGAAUUUUGUAUGGUCUUUGAAUGUAGGCUGCAUCUUGUAGUGUACUUACAUAUUUCACAGUGCUGCCCGCAGCUUACCCGUGAUAUGUUGUGAUGCUAGUCUGUGUUGGCAUUUGAGUGUAUCUUGGCAGGAGAGAAAGAGCUAUGAGUGAAUUCACUUUUUUUUUAUGUGCAAAGGUAGCUGAAUGUUAAUUUCUCAUUAAGCAUAAAUUAUAUGUAAACCAAAUAAUUACACGGCGUGUAUAUGUUGGUAAUCGUAUGUGUUGAGUGCAGCAGUGUACACUGUAGUAGAAAGUAUGAAACAAGUUUGAGCUCUCCACACCUGCAAGUUGUAAUGCGAAUAAUAAACAGUCCAGGAUGCCUUCGGGUCUGAAAAUUAGAGU